AUGGCCAGUGUUGCCCCCAUCGAGCAGGUGGAAGACACUAUUGCGGUCAAGAUUGAACAGCUUGACCGCCACGGGUACCUGUUUGGCCAAAAGAUUACACAUUCCCUGUCACCACUCCUGCACACCACCAUCUACGAGGGUAUUGGCCUGAAAUGGGAGCAAAUGAGACUGGACUCGGCAGAUCUGCCGCUGUUCCUGGAACUCAUCAAGCAUCCCAAAUUCUACGGCAGCUCAGUCACCAUGCCCAAUAAGGUUGCCAUCAUUCCUCACCUCGACGAGCUGACGGAUGAGUGCCGCGAUGUUGGUGCCUGCAACACACUUUUCAUCAGAGAACGCGACGGCAAGCGGAUAUAUUGCGGCACCAACACCGACGUUAUCGGCGUCCGUGAGUCUUUUGUCCAGAACGUCACCGAUGCGGAUGCCGUCUACCACAACAAGCCGGCUCUGGUCAUCGGAGGCGGCGGUGCGGCCAGAAGUGCCGUUUACGCUCUGCGCAAGUGGAUGAAGGCCACCGACAUCUACCUCGUCAACCGUGACAAGAGCGAGGUCGACGCAGUCAUCGAGGAGUGCUCCGCGCGGGGUUAUGGAGACAAUCUGUAUCACGUCUCCACCGUCGAGGAGGCGAGAGACCUUGAGGCCCCCGGCGCUAUUGUGGCUUGCGUGCCCAACUUCACUCCCAAGACACCUGAGGAAAUUGUGGCGCGUGAGAUUAUCGUCGAGUUCCUGAACAAGGAUCGCAAGGGUGCUAUUCUUGAGAUGUGCUACAACCCUACGCCUUACACAGAAAUCGGUGCCCUUGCAGAGGAUGCCGGCUGGCAGGUCAUUUUGGGCACUGAGGCCAUGAUCUACCAGGGUCUUGAACAGGAUCGAUACUGGACUGGCAAGAAGGUCGACGAACUUCCCGUACAAAAAGUAAAGGAGGUGAUUGCGGCAAAGCUCUCACAACAUUCAAAACUGUAA